UGUCAAACAUUUUUACGACCUCAUGUCUGACACGCUGAGGACGGACUGUUAAAUGUUUCCCCUCCAUUCAAAGACUAAAUAACGUGACAAAUAACCGUCCCGGUAACAGACUGCGUAUUUCUCGUGUGAAUCGAAUUCGAGGCGGCGUUUGCUAAAGGUUAAGAUGCUCAGUGGUUUUCUGCUGAUAAAGACUCGAAGCUCAGAAUAAACCCGACGUUGGUUACAUUGAACUGCUCUGCCGCUGCUCUCUUGGUGUCUUUACCUGAUCUGUGCACAGUCUGCUUCACUUCCUCUGUUUUAAAUUUAGGCCCAACUUUCAGACUCGACUUCCUCUUUUUUCACUGCUCGUAACGAGACUUCUGUGCUCACCGCCUUGACAGAGCUGCGUCUGCAGGAACAAGCGUUUCGCUCUGAGGAGAUUAUCUGCAGAAAAUGAGACUCUGAGAAUCCACUUUUCACUCGACCUGUUCAGAUGGGGAACCUGAUCAAGGUGUUAACCAGAGACAUCGACAACAAUGGUGGAAACUUCUUUCUGGAUUUUGAGAACGCUCAGCCCUCGCAGUCGGAGACGGAGGUGUGGGAGGAGGUGAACCAGGUGCUGACGGAGUCUCGGGUCAUCCUGGAAGACCUGCAGUCUUACAGAGGAGCAGGAGAGGAAAUCAGACAGGCCAUCCAGAGUCCAGGUGUGGAGGGGGUUCAGGAGAAGGCCUGGUCUGCUGUGGUUCCUCUGGUCGGCAAACUCAAAAGCUUCUACGAGUUCUCUCAGAAACUCGAGUCCAGUCUGCGGCGUCUCCUGGUCAUCCUCACCAGCGCCGCCUCGACUCCCACUCAGCACCUGGAGCAGAAACAGGCUCUGGCUCGACAGUUUGCCCACAUCAUGCACUUCACGCUGCGCUUCGACGAACUCAAGAUGACGAAUCCGGCGAUCCAGAACGACUUCAGUUAUUACAGACGAACCAUCAGUCGGAUGCGGAUCAACAACUUGUCCGCUGAUGCAGGAAAUGAAGUCAAUAACGAGCUGGCCAAUCGGAUGUCUCUGUUUUACGCCAGUGCCACGCCAAUGCUGAAGACGCUAAGUGACGCCACGUCAAAGUUUGUCUCGGAUAAUCCAGACCUCCCGACUGAAAACACGACAGACUGUCUGAGCACGAUGGCCAGCGUGUGUAAAGUGAUGCUUGACACACCGGAGUACCGCAGCCGUUUCACCAGUGAAGAGACGGUGUUGUUCUGCCUCCGCGUGAUGGUCGGGGUCAUCAUCCUAUUCGACCACGUUCACCCGGCCGGAGCCUUCGUCAAGACCUCCAAUAUAGACAUGAAAGGCUGCAUCCGAGUGCUGAAGGAGCAGCCGCCCAGCAGCGUGGAGGGAUUACUCAACGCUCUCAGGUAUACGACCAAACAUCUGAACGAUGAGGCCACGUCAAAGCAGAUCAAAACCAUGCUGCAGCCAAAUUAACUCAAAGCUUCUUCAGAGUGAAACCGGAGCGAUACAGGGAGACAAAGAAAAGUGUUGUGGUCCAAAUUUCAAAAGAACUACUGAAAAUAUUUGUAGCUAAUGACUCUUUGAUUAACCUCAGUGUUUGUUUUGUUGUUUAUUUUUUUACUCUGAUUUUAAAAGCUGUUUUUUGUUGUCAUAAAAAAGAAAAGAAAAAUGAUAAAAAAGAGAGUAAACUUUUCAGUUGGUUGAUCCAAGAAAAGAUGUUGUAAAAACCAGCUGUUGUGUUUGAGCUGCAUUCACGUCACAUUUAACACAUCUGUUCAGUGAAAAAAAAAGAAAGAUUCCUCUGCCCCCUAGUGGACAUUAAGAAAAGCGCAGCUGGAGAUGUUUCUGUUGUUGUUGUUGUUGUUUAUUUUGUUUGCCUGCAUUAACAAACAUCCAGCAAGAGUCGCAUACAGAAAAAACUGCACGGGUUGAUUACUUCAGUAGCGCUCUAAACGCCCCCUAGAGGCGACAGUGUUCAUUACACGAAAAACUCAGUGGACAGCCCAAAUGCAUUUGACAAUAACAAUCUGACCUCCAGCUCUCACUGAGGAACAGACAAUCCACGAUGUCGGCGUCUCCUCAGACAUUUCUUCACCCAAACUCUUUUUUUUUAAACGUUUUCCCCCUCUCUGCAUAAAGCAUUAAAAUCUCAAAUUUACCCACCGGCUCCAUUGAUAACGUGAGGUCAUGUGAGGGGGCGGCUUCCCCUCGGCACGAUAAUCUUAAUGAAAGCCUUUGGUAUAUGAUGUGUCAUUAUUUUCAUAUCAGGCAGUGUGAUCAUGCUUUGGGAUUAUAAAGAAGAUCUGUUAAGAUUCUCCUGAUGUGCUCGACAGAUUUUUAAACUCCUGUCGUCUGAGCGAGGCCGAACUUGAAAAUGAAACAUCUGGAGCAACUGCAGCUGGGUCUGCUUGAAUCUAAAGGGCUGAGCACGACGACAAAGCUGGGGUCGAUUUGUCGUCUUGAACGUUCUUCUGAUCGUGACGUGAAUGCAGUUUGAAUGUUUUUAAGUAGCACUGAUCUGUUUGCUGUCAUUUGUUUAAGUGUUUUAAAGACUUUGGAGUCUGAUUGAAUCAAAACUUCAGACACUUUCACACCAAAAGAACAGUUUCCAAGAACCCGGGGACUUCCCCACUGGAGGAACCGUGUUCUGGUUUGAUUCCUCGGCUGCAGUUCCUACCUCAGAAUAAAGACUGUGGCUGAGGUUGACUGAGGUUUACAGACCUGAACGUCACUGAUUGGUAAAGGGGAAACGAAAAGGUGAAAGGUCAUAAUUAUACAUUUCACCUUCACGUAGAACUGUAGACAAAUUCACAAACAUUUCAGCUUCUUGUUAAUAUGUUUCAAGCCCAAAACAUCAUCAAUUCUUAAUUUUAGCUAUGAUACGGUUAACACUGUAAAAAAACAAAAAACUGGCUACCAAAGAUUGGUUUGUGAAGAGGAGAACGACUGUGAUGAAGAGAAGCGAGGAAACCCUCCGACUGAUGUUUGAAUCAGUGGGACAGCUGACUGGAAUUAAAGCUCUUUGUAUUGCCUUGUGUGUUAAAGCUGCAGCGUCAGCGGCAUAGUUGUCAUGAUGCCGCGAUAUUAAACUUUGGUACGAUUCUCGUAAAUCUGACGAUAUUGAUAACUGUUUGGUACCACGGCAACAAAAAUAGAAAUAUUAGACACCCAGGGUUGGGUAAUAUCUUGUUUUUAACGACCAAAAUUUGCAGAAAAACUUCUUCACACUGAUUAAAGGAGCAGUAUGUAACUCUGACCCCUAGUGUUUAAAAUGGGUACUGCAGUCUAAAUUCUAAACAUUGUAGAGCUGUCUCCCCCCCCCCCCCUCCUCUCUAGAGUUGAUGCCCACGCAGGUUGCCAUGUGGUGGACACUGAAGCUUCAGUGUUUAGCCAGCUUUGCAUGGGUCUGAUCCCAGUCAGGUCCAAACAAAUCCAGAGCAUUCACGACCAGAAUCUAAAGUUAGAAGGAGGACAUACUGGACGUUUCAGUCACUACAGAUCUUACUGAUUGAUCCUUCAAAUUUCAUAAAAACAUUGUCAUUUGUUUUCAUACGGAAAUGUUGCCAAUGUUUUUGUGCAAUUUCAUCAGUGUGGAGGAGUUUGCGUGCAAUUUUUGAUCGACUUUUUCGUCUCCUAAACACCUGUCUGAUGUAAGAGAUGUAGUUUUCUAAAGAAUUCGGUACUCAUUAAUACUAUCAAUCAUAGAAAUUGUAUUGUUUUAGAACACGUGGUAUCAAACAAGUAUCAGAGAAUCGUCAUUUUUGACAACCCAAGUGUCAGGGAUUGUAUGGCAUUAAUGUUUCAAAAUGAUGAAAUGUUGGCUGAAUAAAGUUUUUACAUUUUUAAGAAAAA